AUGUCCACAGCCGAUGUAUUCAUGUCGUCUCCCCCGCGACCUGCCAGAUUCGACCCCUAUGCAAUCUCUUCAUCUUCGCCCUAUUUACCUUCAAUAGACGAAUUAUUCUCGAAAAGCCAGAAGAGACCGUCCCUGCGAAGCGAAAGCCAUGUCGCCCCGAUACCUGCCAACGCGCGGACUACCUUUACCAGCGCGGCUAGUCUACUGAGGGACGCGCCUGAAAUCGACAUAGAGACAGAGCAGAUAACGCAGUCGCCCCCGCGCAAGCCCAAGUCCAACCGGGGUCGAAAGAAGAAGGUUGCGAGCCCCGAACGAGCCCCUUUCGAACUAGGGGAUGCACCCGUUCUGCUUGAAUCAGUAUCACCCAAGGAGAAGCCGUGGCAGAAGUUCAGCAGCAAAAGCAAAGAACCUGUUUCGCUAGACGAACAACAGACUCUUCCGAAAGGACGGGUGACGAAGGCAAUACCCAAGACGAAGCCGCGCCGCAAAGCUGAGACAAUGUCCAGGCACUUCGCCAACAAGAAGGUUGAUGCAGCAAGAUCAGAUGACGAGACGGGGCGCAACGAUGGGAAGUAUGGCGAAACUCUGGAAAUUGAUCCGGCUUCGAUAUCCGAAGCAGCCAUGGCACGGAGAGGCACCUGGACACCCCCGCGGCCCGACAGUCUAAUGAUUCUCGACUCGGAUUCGGACGCUCGCGAACUACUUUCCUCUAUAGACAAGGCGGCAACAUCCAAGGACGUCUUCCACACGCUGUUCGACCAAUACAGUCUGAAAGAUGACACUCCUUCCGUCGGAUCAGGGCAGCAACCACAAGCAGAGUUCCUGAAGAAGCGAAAGUUGAUUGAACUACUGUCUACAACUCAUGAUGCACCAGCAAGGGAGACAUCACCAUUGAAGGUCGCGGACAAAACACCGGUGGAGCCGAAACCAAAGAAAGCGCCAGCUGUGAAGAAGAAGGCCAGAACAAUUACGGAUUUGGCAAUGGCACCCUACGCGCUGCCUAUAGAGCCCGAACAAGACAUUCCCGGCCCUGCUACAAAGGACUCCUUGUUGAAGUACUUCGACGCCGAUGGCGAUGUCCAGGCUCUUGUUGAGCACCAGACAUCAGUCAUGUCCCAGAAGAAAGGAAAGGGCAAAGCGACAAAGCAACCUGCCAGGCCAAAACGCAAGACGAAAAAAGGUACAGUGGCGGACCCGAUCUUGUUGUCUCCGAGUUCUGCUCUCAAGCAACAUUCCAACCAAGACUUUAUAUUCGGGACUUCGAGUCAGCUGGUUAGGGAGGAGUCGCCUACAACCUUGAAAGAUCUCCACCUGGCGAUUCAAACGUCCAAUCAAGUGGACUCGGAUCCCUUUGGUGAGAGCGACAGUCAUGGGCUGUGGCAUGCUGGUGCCAGGGACAUGGACGGAGAACUCAUGGAUUUGGAAAUGGUGGACCUCCGACAGAAAGUGGGCGUUGCUCAAGAACAUACGGAGGAUGGGCGCGCUUUGCAAAUGGCCGAAGAUUUCGUGGAUAUUGACGACAUUCUCACCUCGUCAAUCACUCAUACCAAUGCAGCACAAUCCACGGCAUCCCCGAAGCCCGAAAACUCUCAUUUCUUUCAGUCGCAGCCCACUUCGAACGUCGUACCAUCAGAAAGCGGCACGUCGGAAUCCUCUAAACAAUCUACGAGUAAACCACGUCCGAAGUAUGAACUAUUCACCGAUGCUCAACUCGCUAAACAGAUCACUUCCUUUGGCUUCAAGCCGGUCAAAAAACGACAGGCCAUGAUUACCCUCCUUGGUCAGUGCUGGGCUAGCAAGAACGAAGAUCAGCCAAACCCAACUUCUGCUAGUUCCCCAAGCCCACCAAAGAAGCAACGGACUGUCGUCGCCCCUACCAAGAAGCCCGCCAAACCACGCGGGCGCCCCAAGAAAAUCGCAAAUACCGAGGUAUCGACAGUGGUCGCUUCAACCUCGGAAACACCCAGUCCACCUAAACCUCGAGGCCGUCCCAAGAAGACAGCACCAAAAGCCGUCGAGAUAGCUGACUCUGAUAUGGACGAGCUGGACUCUCCAUCGCCAACCUCAUCGCCAGAUCGGAUCUUCUCAUCUCCCCCACCGGUCGACCUCUCAACCUCGGACGAGGCCGAUAUGUCGCUGACGAUGUCGCCGACAGACCAACAAGCCCACCUGUUCACGCUCAUCACCAAAUCAGUAAAGUCCGCGCCACGCUCCACAGAUCCUUCGAACCCGUCAUGGCACGAGAAAAUGCUUUUGUUCGAUCCGAUCAUCUUGGAGGAUCUUGCUUCCUGGCUGAAUGGAGGGGAGUUGACUCGGGUUGGAUAUGAUGAGGAAGUGUCGCCCUCGGAUGUAAAGAAGUGGUGCGAAAGCAAGAGCGUUAUCUGUCUUUGGAGGGCAAACUUCCGCGGAAAGGAGCGAAAGCGUUAUUGA